UAGCAGGAGGAGCAUUUGGUAAGACAAGGGCGUGCCUUUGGUCGUCAUGAAAACAAGUAACUCAUCGUCGUCGGAGUGUUAUAAAAUAGAAAUGAUCGUAUGAUUUCGCUCGCUUUAUACCACAAGAGCAGACAUGUUGUCGUGUUGUAGGAAAUUCGUUCGUCGAAAGAGGUGUCUUGUGAAAGAACGAUUGAAAAUAGCUGUGUCAAUUCUACAAUAAGCUGUGGAUGAGGUAGUCGAAGAUUGAUAUCGGCAAAGGUACCCACACCCACUAGGUCGAAAAAGUGAUUGCAUGGUUUAACAUAAAUGUCAUAGAGAAAAAAUGUGCUCUGGGUUUAGAUCCACCUCUUUUCAUCUUCAUCAGACUGCACUCAAAUUCAAUCGAUUCAUAGUUUUGAAGUUUCUUGUAGGAGAGAUAGAGAUACAAGAAUUAGAUACUGAUCCACGCAUGUGCAGGAUUUCUCUAAUACAAAUAUCGUUGUCAUGACAACAAUGAGAGGUCAGAAAGCCCGAGCGUGGUGACCCUGCUGCACUAGGGACGACGCGAAGGGGGAACUAAACUCGUCCGCGCACGAGGUCUACGUACAAGAAUCUUCUGGUUUGCGCGGACUACGAAUUAGCCACGUUACCUUGCUCGGCGUCUUUGAUCGCUGACUGAAGCUCGUCUAUCCCGAGAAAGAACCUAGUACUCCGGAUUUUCUUGCUGUGCCUGCGUACAGCAAUCCGUAUCCGUCGAAAAUGUCCGAUCAUCCUACAAAGGGCGACGCCAAAUUAGGCGACGAUAUCGACGCGUCGAAAAAGAGGAAAUUCGAGAAGCUCAAGCAGGGGAAGCUGGAUGCUGAGAAGUAUUUUCGGAUCGCCAAUUUUUUCAUGGUGCUUGGAAAAAGAACUUGUAUUGAUCUAGCAUAUAAAAUGACGAUGAUCUUCUCUUCUUCUCGAGCAAGCGAACGAACACAGCACCAUAUGAAAAAUAAACAUCCUACACACCCUCAGAGGACAAUAAUUGUUCGAAGUAAAAAGAACAGUUAUAUCUCCUCUACUCACAUUCUUGAUUAAUUUUGGUUGGAGCAACAUCAAGAACAGUCUCAAUCUCUCCAUUCCCACUAGGCAAUACGGCUUCGAUAAGUCGAUCGAGGACUAUGAUGAGAAAGAUAUGAAAGACGACAAAUACAAGAGCAAACUGAAGAGCAAAAAGGAAAAUGAUCCUAAAAUCCUCAAAAAUGAGAAGGAUUUGAAGGAUAAGGACAAGCUCAAGGACAAGGACAAGAUGAAGGACAAGCUCAAGGACAAAGACAAGCUCAAGGACAAGGACCUGAAAGACAAAGACAAGAAAGACAAGGAGAAGGUACUACAGUAUAUCCAGCAAGCUUUACGUAGUCCACCUAUUGAUACAGUCCACCUAUAAUUGGUAUUCGUAUUGGUUCUGCUUUUCUUAUGCGCUUUGAAGUAACAUCUGUUGACAACUGGUACAGUGUAGCCUGUUGACAUAGUUACCCUCACCCUGGCGACCUGGCAUAUCUAUUUCCUCAGUUCCAUCUCCUCAUUGUCAUUCCUACCACAGGACUUGAAAUACAAGGACAAGAUGGACAAGCAGAAGCAAAAGUCCAAGGAUAAGGGAGAGAAGGAUAAGGACAAGAAAAAAGAGAAGCUUGUGAAGGAGGAGAAGUUGAAAGGUGGAAAGGGAUACAUAAGAAAUAGGUCAAAACGGGCAGGAAUCAUAUUCCCAGUUGUCAAAGUACACAGGGAGUUGAAGGUAUUAUCUUAGUUUGCAUAGCCUGAUUUUUUUUGACCGCAAAAUACACUUCGCAGAUGAAUGUCCGGCAAUGACCACUAUACACUUAACAUCUAGUCGCGUAACAUCGAGUAAUCUCUCACGCCGUUCCACUCCCACUAUGCAUACAUCUCUUCAACACAGGGAAUGAUACCGAACAAAAACCGAGUAAACCAGCAGUGCUCAGUUUAUUUGGCAGCGGUAAUGGAAUAUGUGAUGGCAGAGUUGCUCGAGAUCGCAGGAAACACAGCAAAAAAUAACAAGAAUUAUGGCUAAAUGAAGUUUGUUUUUGUUAGGAGCCCUUCGACUAGGUUUAGGUGUAAGUAGGAAAUGGUAAUAAGUAGAUGAACUACAAGAAGUAGAUGAUUGAAGAGAGACUCUACAUCACCAUCGGAAGACAACUAACAUCCAUAUCAUGUUGUAACGCUGAUUUCUCAAUAUUGAACGCCCUUUCCUUGUCCCUGAGCACCCUCAACUCUCACCCGUUGCGUUCCCCCUCUAAUCCACGAAGCGAAUCAAUCCACGGCAUUUGAUGCUUUCCAUAAAGCAGGACGACGAGUUGAAUACGCUGAUUCGAGCAACAAUUGCAGGUGGCGGCGUCCUCCCAAGUAAGCAUAUUCCAACUAGUUCCGAACUUAGGGCACCGCAGCGAGCCCCGGCGCAGCAGUCAAUGUUCCCACCUGGCCAGGGGAGAGUAGAUGGUACAAGAAAUCCAAAUUUUUAGAAUUUGCAUGCUUUUCAAUUACCAAUUUCCAAUUAUCUUCUAUAAUCUGCCAAGAACUCUGCUUCAUGUUGAUGUUCAUAUGUCGUACUAUCAAUCAAAUUCAUUAGCAGCAGCCACUUAUUCAUAUUCGUGUAUCACAAUUAUUUCCAAAUGAUCCUCCACUACAGUUUUCGACGAGGGUGAGGUCGAAGAUGAACCAAAAGGAAAAAAGCCGAAGAAGCAGGUAUCCUUAAGGCUUUACCUAAUGCAUCUUUGGACAUCACAUCCUUGAUGAAAUGUAUGGACGAGGAGUAUCUACCUAAGGGACCACUGCUUAUACUCCCCCAUACCUUUCUUUUUCAAGGAAGAUGCACUUGAAAGAGGCAUCACGGACAGCUCUAACAUCCUUUGCGGGUGUGCCGUUCCAGCAACCGAAUUUGUUCGCGCCACAAGUUGGCACACCUGGAACGUUUGGCUCUGCUAUGGGAACACCAGGAACUUUUGUUAAGGCUGGAGUUGCUAGUGCUAGUACAACUACUUACCUCUACUCUUAUGAAAAGAAGAUCUGUUAUCAUUUUUAUCAUACUUUUCUACCUCAGAGACUUAUGAUAAUGAUAACAAAUUUUUGUUUCGUUUAAUUUUCGAACAUCUCGAAGGAAGUCUGUGGGUGUGGUCGUCAUCUGAUGUACAAGAUGAACUGACUCUAUUUUUAUUUGGUGUAAUGAUGUUGAUCGAUGAUGAAUCUUCUUGUCUUCUAUGUAUGUUCAGAUGAAGGUGCCGCUUGCUCUAAGCUCCGCGCCGGUUUCAUGGGUGGUGUGCCAUCACAUUUGGGCGUCCCGUCAGUUACACCGAACUUCUUCGCAGCAGGAGCCGGCGGUCUUGCAGUCGGCGAACAGAAAAAGAAGAAGAAGGUUGCUGGUAAGAUGCAGCUUCCAGCGGGUUUCGGACAGUGA